UUCAGCUGACUCCUUCACUUCUUAGCUUUUCAUUUGAAAGAAAGGAUCAAGAUUCUCCUUCGGUCCAUUUCACAGGCUUUUGAAACAGGAGAGAGAAAAACUCUGGAUUUAUUUCUUCAUCAUCAGGAACCGAUCUGGAUUCGAUUCGGAACCUUUAACUUGUUCCAGAGAAAAACAGUUUCAGUCAUGAUGGUGGUGAUGCUCGUGCUCGUGCUGUCGGCGUGGUCUCGAGGCGGGGAUGCGCGUGUCCGGCUCAACUCCAUCAGGACGGUGAUCCUGAGGGAAGGGCACGCGCUGCCGGUGAACCGGAGCACGUGGGAGCCGAGUCUGGACCUGACGCUCUACCAGUGCAUGAGCGACCUGGAGUGCAGCGAGGGCAGCUACUGCCACGCCCCCAGCAAAGGCCCCGCCCACUCACGGUGCCAGACCUGUCACAGGAGGAAGAAGCGCUGCCAUAGGGAUGGAAUGUGUUGCCCCGGCAACCGCUGCAGCAACAAUAUCUGUGUCCCUGACGUCGACAGUUUUAUAACUCAGACGAUCCCCGGCUCUGACGGAGGUUUGAGUCUGCUGUCCAAAAAGAAAGGAUGGAAGAAGAGAGGAAGAGUGGACAUGAAAGGGACGAGCGGUAAAGGUCAGGUCGGGGAUCCUUGUCUGCGCUCGACCGACUGCUCGGACAGUUUGUGCUGCGCCCGACACUUCUGGACCCGCAUCUGCAAGCCGGUGUUGCGAGAGGGACAAGUUUGCACGAGACACCGACGGAAGCGGAACCACGGCCUGGAGCUGUUCCAGCGAUGCCCGUGUGCUGAGGGGCUGGGCUGCCGGACGCUGCGAGAGCCCGGCACCAAGCCUUCAUCGUCGCUAUUGUCUCCCUCAUCAUCAUCGCUCCUGGCGGCGGCGGCGAAGUCCAAGUUUGCAUCGGCCCCUUCCCGCCACUCGUCCUUGUCGCCUUCGACCACUUUGUCGUCAACAAAGUCGUCGUCGCUCUCAGCCGUGGCAAAAACCAGACUUCAUGUUUGUCAGAAGGACUGAGGAGGGAUGGACGGACGUAGAGAAAGAAAGACGGGAUGAUGGAGGCAGGGAAGAGCUGCGUCUCUUUGCCGGUGACAGAGUCCAGAGACAGAGUCAGGUGGUGUGAGAGGCGACCAAUGAAAACCUUUUUUUACACCUGUGAAUACAACAACCCCCAAAACUGCCCCACGACCUCGAUGCUAAUUCGCUUCCUGUCAGUCUGCAUUCACACUCAGCCGCAUGUGAAACCCUUUGUGGUUCAGAUCUGGUUUCCUCCCGGUGUCUAGACGAUCAGAAACCACUUUAAAGUCCGGUUUGACUCCAUUUACACCAACAGGAAAACCGCAGCCUGUUGUGAGGCUUCCAGGAUCCAAAGAUCUCAAUCAGGUGCUUUUAUUUUGGAAAACCACAUUUCAGAACAUAAGGGGAAAUGAAAAAGUAAAGAUGUAUUUUAUGCUAACAUUAACUUAUCUAUGUAGCAGCUCUAUUAAACCUCUUGUCACCAUAUUCUGUUUAAAAAAAAAAAAGAUAUGUUGCAGAUAUAUUAUAAAAAUACUUGAUUUAUCCGAUGAUAUAUCAAAUACUACUUUGAUAUGUGUAAAUAAAGUUUUUUAACUUCAGUAACCCGGUGGUUGAAUGAAAUGACUUUGUAUAUUCUCCACUGAAACUCACGUUGAAACACCUGAACCACAAAUACACAUUCCAACGCCUGUGAAGUCUGAAACAAUUUGCAUCUGACUCUGGAAACGGUGGAGAUCACAGAGAUGCUAAUAUGAGGGAUGUCAAUAGUCUGGACGUCAAUAGAAACUCUUUGAAUCCUUAUUCACCUGCGUAGCGAUAAAACAUUGAAUCCUCGUUAAAGGCCGGAGGUUUGUCCUGUUUGAUUUGCACUGUUGUUAAUGAGAGAGUUAUUUUUCUAUUAGUGGUUAUAUUUCUGAUUAAUGUUGGUGAGAUGAUUUGUUUGGUUAACGUUUCAAUCUUCUGUGAAUCAAUCUGUUUAUGAUUAAAAUAAUUUGCUGUUCCCAAAA